CUCGGCUAGUCCAAAAAACGGAAGCGCGAGGCGACCUGCUAUGGAGAAGUGGCAGCGCCCCUAAACCACGCAGAGCCCAGAGACCGCGAUGAAGCAUCUAUUCGUACUCUUUGCUUCCAUACUCUUAUCAUUCUUAUCCACUCACUGCGCAUCCACCGCUUCGGCCGAAUGGCAGAUCCUUACGAAGCAAAAUUUCUCUUCUCAGAUCCGACUUCAUCCCCAUAUCCUUCUUCUCAUCACUCUUCCCUGGUCUGGUGAGUCUCGCACCCUUAUGAAGGAUAUGGCACUUGUAAUUGCUGGUAAAAGAGAAGACUUUGGUCCUCUAAAACUGAGAUAUAUGCAUAGAAAUACAGAGAAGAUGCUAGCAGAUUCUAUAGGUGCUCAUACUGAAGAAAUAACAUUAGUUUACUUCCAUUACUCUAUGUCUUACAAGUAUCGAGGAAGACUUAGAGCAAAAAAUAUAUUGUCUUCACUGCAUCCUUAUAUCACGAGUGCACCCGAGGAGGUUCCCCUAAAGGCUCUCAAGAAUCCAAAAGAAUUAAGAAUGUUCCUUGAUUCAACUGAUAAGGCUCUAGUGCUCGUAGAUUUUUGUGGAUGGACUACAAAGUUGCUUGCAAAACGGAAUGGAACAGAAAAUAGUUAUAGCUUGCAUGGGGAUAAAUUUGGAGUGGGCUUUAGUGGAAAACAUGAUAGAACACCAGCAUCGAGGGGGAAGAAUCACCUGAAGGUGGCUGGAGAGGAUAUGUGCAAAGCUGAACUCGGCAUUAGUAAUGGGUUUAAUGGAGUUCCUUGGCUCGGGACAUUCACCUCAAUGAAUGAUAGUGUGUUGGAGGAGGCCAAGGAGAUUAAUUCUCAUGUUCUACCUUCAUGCACCCUACAAGAAUUUGAACAUUUUCACUCUUUCUUCUCAAAAUUCAUGAUCUAUGCGAGAGAAUUCUUUCUGUCUCCAGAACGGCAUAGGUUUGGUCUGGUCUCAGAAAGAUCUAUACUUUCAUCCUUAGGUGUUGGAGAUUCUGGUUCAUGGUUUGCAGUUCACUACGUUGACGGAUGUCCAAGCUGUUUGAAAGUUCUUAAAGAGGAGGAUGACUUGAAGCAUGCCUUACAUUUGGAUAAUUAUUUUGUCAAAGAGCUGGAAGGUAAAGGUCAAGAUCAAGAGAUUAUUUUGCCCGCAAAUAAGCCAUCAGUACUUUUGUUUGUUGAUAGAUCAUCUGAUACAUCUGAAACUAGAGGAAAAAGCAAAGAAGCCCUCAAUGCUUUUAGAGAACUAGCACAACAUUAUCAUGUUUUGAACCAAAUAGGCAAGAAGGAUGAUGAUAGUCCUGGAAAAUUUUCAGUUCAAGAUUAUCAAAGCUUGAGUGCAUCUGAACAUCCUAGAUUAAAGCUUUCUAAGACAGCUCAGAAGAUUAAACUAAAGGAGAAGAUGUCUACCAUCAUGGUUAUAAAUGAAGGCAAGCACGUUAGUUUGGACAAAGUAUCUGCUGAUCUUCAAGUGACUUCUUUGAAUGAGAUCCUCAGCUAUCUUUUGCAGAAAAACAAGGAUGGAAGAUUAAGCUCCCUGGCAAAGGAUUUAGGUUUCCAACUUUUAUCUGAUGAUAUUGACAUCAAAUCAAUUCAUGUACAACAAUCCCAUUCAGAAGUUCUGUCUAAUCCAAUGUCAGCAGAAACCUCUCAUGCUGGCCAUCAAGAUGGUUCAAACCUGGAUAAUGACCCAAAUUUGUUGAGUAGAUCUACCGGAGACCCUGAAGAAAAUUCCAAAUUGACAGGGCUUUCUUCUCAAAAUGAUGAAGCGAUAGCAUUUCAUAUUGAUUCAAGUAAAGAGAUAAAAUCUGCCAAGCCUGAAGGAUCCUUAGUGAACCAAGAACUUCUAGUUAUAAAAAAUAUGAAAGCAGAACAAGAGAGUUCAUCGGAUGGAGACAAGUCUAGGAAAGAACCCAUUGCAGAUCAUGAUGUUUCUGUUGUCAAAAAUAUGAAAAUGGAAAUAGAGGGUUUUUCAGAUGGAGGCCAGUCUGGGAAAGAAUCCAAUGUGGAUCAUGAACUUUCUGGUGCUAAAAUUUUGAAAGCAGAAACAGACUCUUAUUCAGAUGGGGACAAGUUUGGGGAAGAACUCGAACAAUUUCUUGGUUUCAAUGGUUUUUUUUUCUACUCUGAAGGUAAUUAUCAGUUACUUAAAGCUUUGACUGGGAAUUCUAGAAUUCCAACUUUGGUUAUAGUUGAUCCUGUACGGCAGCAACAUUAUAUUUUCCCUGAAGAUCAAAAUUUCAACUUUCGUUCGCUAAGUGGAUUUCUUUCUGGGUUUGUUAAUGAUACACUGCUUCCUUAUCAGCAGUCUGAAUGUGUUCUUCAAGGCCCAAGGGAAGCCACCCGUCCACCAUUUGUUAAUUUGGAUUUUCAUGAGGUGGAUUCUUUGCCUAGGAUUACAGCUCAUACUUUCUCUGAACAUGUCAUUGGUUUCAACCACUCUGAUAAAGAUAAUGCUUGGAAUAAGGAUGUCUUAGUCUUGUUUAGCUAUAGUUGGUGUGGAUAUUGCCAGAGAAUGGCAACAGUUGUUCGUGAAGUACAUCGAGCCUUCAAGGGCUAUAUGGAUAUAUUGAAAAGUGGAUCUAGGAAUACGAAAUCUACUUCUGAUCAUGAAAACUUGGAUUAUGAUACGAUAAAGCUUCCAGUGAUCUACUUAUUGGACUGUACAUUGAAUGACUGUGAUUUGAUAUUAAAGUCUGUAACUCAGAGAGAAGUUUAUCCUACUCUGGUUUUAUUUCCAGCAGAAAAGAAGAAACCUCUACUCUAUGAAGGAGCUAUUGCAGUAAUUGACGUAAUGAAGUUUGUGGCUGAGCAUGCAAGUUAUUUUAACCAUGCUAUGAGUGAUAAAGUUUUGUGGCUUCCUCCGAGGGGAGAUAGGAAUCAGAAUCUGUAUAGUACUGUGCCAACUGAUGUUCACAAGGAAUCACUAUUUGCGAACGUCAAAUAUCAUGGAGCCCAAGGUUGGGACAGGAACUUGGACGAUGUGGUCAAACUCAACCUGUUGAAACCACCGGUGUCAGAUGGACUGAAUGACGGGUUGCCUCAAGUAAUGAUUGGUUCAGUGCUAAUUGCUACAGAAAAGCUUUUGGGAAGUCAGCCAUUUGAUGGAUCAAAGAUUCUCAUCGUGGCAGCUGAUGAAAUAAAUGGUUUUCAAGGUCUUGUCAUAAACAAGCAUAUAAAAUGGAGCGCUCUACCUGAGCUAGGAGAAGGCUUUGAAAUGCUGAAAGAGGCCCCACUGUCCUUUGGGGGUCCUGUUGUGAAAAGUGGAAUGCCUUUUUUAUCUUUGACCCGAAAUGCUUUUGUAAAUUCUUUACCAGAAAUCCUCCCAGGAGUUUACUUCCUUGACCACCUUGCCACAAUAAGUAAAAUAGAAGAGAUGAAAUCGGUGGCCAAUCAAUCAAUGAUGGAUCACUGGUUUUUCUUGGGGUACUCAAGUUGGAAUUGGAAUCAGUUGUUCAAUGAGAUGGCCCAAGGGGCAUGGAACUUGAGUAAGGACGGAAUGAAGCAUUUGGUUUGGCCCUGAGGACCAUUUCUUUACCGUAUGUACUGCACUUUGUAGAUUUCCUACAGCUGUAGAAAUAUUCCACAAAUGCAUGUACAUCAGAAAAUAGCAUCCUAAAUAUGAUUCAUGAAGGCUUGAAGUGGCAAUACUGGGAAGACAUGUAUUUGGUGUCUGAUUCUUUAACAAUGUAGGGGCAAGAUGAGCAAAAAGUGUAGUUGCAAGAUCAUUUGAAAUCUAGCUCAAACUUCAGUGAUGAAAAUGAUAAAUUAGCUGAGAAAUUAUUUAACAUAAUUGGAAAUAUAAUUAAUGGAAAUUUCAUUACAAGUUUUGGCAAAGCCUGCCAUGUCUGUUGUUUUAAAUUCUAGAGAUGAUUUUAUACGUCU